AACGGAAAGCAAUAGAUUCACAACGGAAAAAACUGCUUACGAAAAUGAGCGAUGAGAUUAACCUGAUUUCGGAAGAGGAUGGAGUUGAUGUUUCCAAAAAAAUAAGGAAAAAGGAUGUCAAUAAGGAUGUAAAGCCCGCCUGGUACUUCGGCACUGGCUUUCUGCUCUUCUGGGCGCUGAUGUUUUUCGCAGUGGUUUUGCCACUCUUCUAUCGCACCCCCACCGCACUGACCAUCGAGGAUGAUAAUACAGGAGAGUUCAUUGGAGAUCGUGCUUAUAACACUCUGAACAAUCUGAUCAACAUAGGACCCAGGACGGUAGGCAGCAAGGCCAAUGAAGUGGAGGCUGUGAUUUUCCUCAUCAAUGAGCUAGCAGAGAUCAAAAAACUUCUACUACACGACUAUUUCACCAUGGAAAUCGACAUUCAGACUGCUUCGGGCGCACUCAGAUAUACCCAUAUGCUCAAUAUGUAUCAAGGUGUUCAGAAUGUUGUGGUCAAACUGAGCCCCAAGGGGUCAACAAGUGAGUCGUACCUCCUGGUGAACAGCCACUACGAUACAGUGGCGAAAUCCCCGGGAGCGGGCGACGAUGGUUUCAUGGUGGCCACCAUGUUGGAGGUGCUACGUGUGAUGGCCACCACACCCCAAACCUUCGAACAUCCUAUCAUCUUCCUGUUUAAUGGAGCUGAGGAAACGGCAUUCCAGGCCUCACAUGGUUUCAUUACCCAGCACAAAUGGGCACCCAAUUGCAAGGCUGUGGUCAACUUGGAUGCCGCUGGCAGUGGAGGGCGUGACAUUCUAUUUCAAAGUGGUCCUUUUCAUCCCUGGCUCGUCGAUUACUACAAGAAACACGCCAAGCAUCCAUUUGCCACAUCCUUGGGCGAGGAAAUAUUUCAGUCGGGUGUGAUACCAUCGGAUACAGACUUCACCGCCUUCGUGGAACACGGAAAAAUUCCAGGCUUGGAUAUAGCCCAGGUUAUCAACGGCUAUAUAUAUCACACUAAGUACGAUCGCAUUGAUGUAAUUCCACGAAGCUCUAUUCAGAGCACGGGCGAUAAUGUUUUGAGUCUAGUUCGAGCCUUGGCGAAUGCAACUGAGUUGCAUGAUACUCAGGCCCAUGAAAAAGGACACGCAGUUUUCUUUGAUUUUCUGGGUUUAUUUUUCAUCAGCUACUCUGAGGACACUGGCAUAAUAUUAAACUUUUGCGCUGCCGUAGUUGGUCUUGUUCUGGUUUUCGUGUCCGUAUGGCGCAUGUCUUCCACUUCUGCCCUCCCCUUGAAUCAAGUGUUGGUGCAACUGCUAGUCCAGCUGAUGGUUCAGCUCUUAGCCCUGGUACUAGGCCUGGGCCUGUCUAUUCUGGUCGCGCAUGUCUUCGAUAGUUUCGGGUUGUCUUUGACAUACUUCAGCUGUCUGUCCCUGCUUAUCGGUCUUUAUGUGUGUCCAACACUUAUCGGACUGAGUCUUCCAAUCACAAUUUACUAUCAGUCAAGGCGGAAUAGUAAAUUACAAUUCAGCUACCGCCUACAAUUGACUCUGCAUAUUUGGGCCAUUCUGCUCUGCCUUCUGGGCAUAGCAGUAACCGCCUAUGGUCUACGCUCCGCCUACAUUAUCACAAUUUUGAAUUGCUUCUAUGCCGCAUCCUUGGCGCUUAACCUAUUGACCACGCUUCACGAUCGCGCCUACAGUUGGACGGGUCUGGUAAUGGUCAGCCAGGUGGCACCAUUCUUGUAUUGCACCUAUCGCAUCUAUCUCGUGCUUGUGGUGUUGAUACCAAUGACCGGGCGUUUAGGCAGCGCUCUGAAUCCGGAUCUUGUUAUUGCUGUAGUGACUGCUUUGGGCACUAUUUUCGCUUGUGGCUUUCUGAUACCGCUGAUCAACAUGUUCCGUCGUCCCUAUUUGAUAAUCGUCAGCCUACUAACAGUCACUGUGAUCACAGUCAUCCUCGCAAGCAGCACUCAAAUCGGGUUUCCCUAUCGUCCUAGAGCGAGUAGCGAACGUGUAUCCUAUCAGCAUGUGCGCAAAGUGUUCUACGAGUACGAUGGCACCGUCAGCAAAGAUGAGUCUGGCUAUUUAUUUAGCUUCCAGGACCGACGGGCAGCGGAGCCCAUGAAAAUUCGCAUGACAAAUGCGAAAAGCAUAAGAUCCGACUGCGAAAAGCACAUGAUGUGCGGCGUGCCUCUAUAUGAUGAGCGUUGGGUCGGCAAUCGUCUAGAGAGCAUGUGGCUGCCACGUGAACGGCCGAUUGAGCUACUGGCUAAGGCAAACUUGACCCUGCUAAGUAAAACAAUUCUGGAAAGCAACACAACUGCACGAUUCGAGUUCCAGUUAGAGGGCCCUGAUCACAUGAGUCUGUUCAUUCAGACCUACGAAGAUGACUUCGUAACGCUGAGCAACUGGUCCUUCGAUCGCAGUUACCUAGAGAAUCCGCCAGCCUAUCCGCUCUCCUAUCACAUCUACUUCACCUAUGGCACGGAUCGCUCACCGCUGAACUUCAGCCUGGAUAUUUCGAAAGCCAAUGGGGACUUUGAGGUGCCACUCUUCCAGUUGGGCGUAUCGGGUCAUUAUGUGGAAACUAAGCGAGAUGCGCUUAGCGAGGAGUUCGCAGCUUCAUUUCCGGCGUAUGCAGUACUAGUCGAUUGGCCCUCAUCAUAUGACAGAUACAUAUUUUAGUACUGCAAGUGAAGCAAGUGUGGGCUAUUAGCUAUAUCUAAUAUAUAUAGACAGCUACGCCUGAGGGCAGCUCAAUUCUAUAGCACAUCACUGCGAGCAGAGAAGAGGCGCUUGGUCAGCCUUUUUUGUGUUUUAAAUUCAGUGGAUAAAGCGGGCUGCAAAGUACACAAUAAUAGAUAACAAAUCCGAAUAUGUUUAGUUGGCUAGAAGAUAAAUUUGCCAUGCAGUUAAUGCAGUUAAAUUAGCCACAAGUUGAGAAGGCGCCUGAGGUAAAAGUUUCCCAUUACUUAACAUGCAAAUUA